AAGAGGAAAGAAACUACGAAGGUAGAGAAAGAGAGCAUCAUCGUCGACCAUGGAGCGGAGCCACUACGAAGAAGUUCCGGGGCUUCGCAAGAACCGACCAACACCGCAAGCGGCAGCGGCAAGCACGAUGAGCCCACCAAACCUCCGCCCCCAAAGGAUUCCAAAAAGAAAGACGAGGAUUUGUCCGAUGAAGAUUUGGCCCUCAAGCAGCAAUUAGUACGUGGAGAGGGUUCAAGAUUCUGAUCCUGGACUACAGAAAGUUGCGCUAGAGGCAGGAAAUUCGUACCUCAACUAGUUCCAUGACCUCAGUAUCAAAGUCUUCGCCCGUAUUACGGAGCUCUAAAAGCAUACUAUGAAACAAUGAUCGAUUCAGAUUUGAAGAAAUACCUUGCGGAUAUACUGUCGGUUUUGGCACUGACCAUGUCUGCUGAAGGAGAACGGGAAAGCUUAAAGUUUAGACGGUGAUAUUGGUUCAUGGGGACAUGAAUAUGUCAGGUUAGAAUCUUUUAAUUUCUUACAGAGUGAUAUGCAAUUUGUGGUAUGUGAGUUUCAUCAUUUUAGUCCUUGCAGAUUUGUUAAGGUCCCUUAGGUAUAUGACUAUAUAUAUCCUUACUACUGUGACUAUCUUGUAAUGAGGAACUUAGCUGGAGAAAUUGCUCAAGAAUAUGCCAAGCAACAGGUGUGAAUUUUUAUCCUUUGGACAUGUUGUAUUAG